UCAACAACAACAACCACGCUGUGCUUCGGCUUCCCUAUGAGUCCCCGUGUGACCUGGGUGUCUAUCACCCUGGCGCUGGCGUACAACGCGCUUGCGGCCGCCGCUGGGCCCGAGAUCAAGGCCAAGGCGGUCCUGGUGCCCUGCGCGGCCGCGCCGUCAAAGCAGGGCCAAGACAGCGCCGUCCACGGAUUCCUCUCGUCCAAGCCGGCGCUCACGGCGUGCGAAAAGAAACUCGGCAUCGUGCUCCGCAUCAACAACACCGAGCAGCAGGUGGAGAAAGAAGACAUGUACGUGUUCUUCGACGAAGCUGUGGAUCAUGACAGCAACGAAAGUGUCAAGCUGCUUGAGCCCCUGGUCGUCAAAAUCUACCAGCAUCCGGUGGUCCUCGCAUACGGCUUUCGCUACCUCGGUAGCGUCAACGGCAAGCUGGCAGAGGAAGUGUACACCGUGGCCAACCUGUCCCGACCAGAAUCGCUCAAGGCGUGCUACUCCAACGACAUUUCAGCCUUCCAGUGUGGCUACGACCCGGAUGAACUAUACCCCAAGGGCUUCUGCUGCCCGUGCGCGGAGGACGAGUGCCCCGCUGAUGGCCGCCAAAGGCGCUGCGACUCCGCCGAACGCAGUCCCAGCACGCACUGCCUUCGGGAGAGCCCGUACUGGUACUCGGUCACUGCGCUCGCUCCUGCCGUCGUCUACCACGCGCUCGAAGUGCACGUCUUCAGGAAAAGCGGGCCCAGCUCGUGGCACAGCGUGACGGGACCCAAAGGCGUCUUCCUCAGCACCGACAACCCGACGAGCCGCGCCGGCGACGUGGUGGCCAAGUACCUGAGCAGCGUGGAGUCGGCGCCAGCGCUGCCCUUCGAGACCCACAGGCUUCUCGUCCCGCACUUCGCUGCCGGAAUGGCGCCCGACGACCUGCCGCCGCACAUGAGGAACGGGGCAAGGGACUACCUCCUUGUACGAAAUCACGUGUUAGGCCUUGGUGACGCGGCGUGCUCCAAGGUCGGUUCAUACUUCAAAGCUUUCUGGAAUCAAGAAGAACGCUGUCAACGCCAAAUUGGAAGCUGCCUGGAGCUGCAGCCCUUAGACAUGUGGUCUCGAGACAACGAACUGCGGUCUCGGGGAAUGAGGACGGAGUACUUGUUGGAGGGCUUCGCUGAUCCCACGGACGACCCGAUCUUGCUGAACGAGAAGACAGGGCGCCGCUACCUGACUCUCCGCUACGCAGGCCCUCACCUCAGCGUCGCCUUCCUCGAGAUCAGCGCCGACAGCCUCAGGCGCCAAGCGUCCGAUGCGAAGCAGUCCCUGAGCGAGGUGAGCACAACAGCCUCGGGGAACCCCGUUGUCAUCCGGCUCUACGCCACCAACACCGACCACAGUCCAAUGGUGGUCAGGGCUGUGAUACAUGACUGCAGCUUCGGCUUCGGAUCCGCCAGUACCGACCAGGUUCCUUUGUCCCCGGGACAGAAGUUGCUCAUGCUGCUUAGCCUCCAGGUCGAAGGCAGCAUGCCCACCACUGACGUGUGGUGCACCGUGGCUCUUGAAAACGACGGCUAUCGUAUCAUCACGUCCAGGAAUGUGCUCAUCAGGCCGAAGGGUCACUGCCUCUGCUACCUGGACUGUCAAUGCAUGUGCCUAGGCGAGCUGGUGAUGUGCAAGGCGGAAAGUCCGGCAAACCGGGACAAGCGGAACACCAACAAAAUGCCUUCAGCGGCUCCCGUGCGGAAGCCCACGUCAGUGAUGACGACCAGCUCGUCUCACUUCUACAAGAUCCCAGAGCCCCUCUAUACUGCCUCGGCGACUGAAGACGCGGCGGAUCCACUGUCCUGCGGCUUAUCGAUAACAAUCGUCAUACUCGAAAUUCUACUUAGCUUGGGCUUGUUCAAAGCAAUAGUUGGUCUUGCAAGCCCACCUGUAGCAAGAUGGGGCCUUCAAAAUUGUAUUGCACAACUCGAGCACUCUCGUGACACUGAUUCAAAUGGUUCAUCAACUUCCGAUGCACAUGAAAAGAGAAGAGUCGGUGCUGGGACAGUCUUCUGCAUGAAUGCAUUCUGCUUCUGCAUGCUGCCCUUCAUUUUCUGUGGGAGAAAAAAAAUUUAUCACACAAAGAGAGAAGAACUCGAGGACAAGAUUUUCGGUUUUGAUGCUGCGAGUCCACAAAGACUGCAAGGUCAAGUGGUGCCCACAUCUCACAUCAGAACUAUCUAGAUUGCCUUAUCAAAAGAUAAAGGCUGCUAUUUAUUUUCAAUAGUACAAGCCUCAAGACACUAGAGAUUGGGCAUAAUGUACUUCGACAAUGUGAAUAUAUGCACUUUUUACGCUAA